AUGGAUGUUUCCAGGGACUUCUUCGGUAAGCUGCGCGCCCUAGCCCUCACGCUAGACAAGGAGGCGAAGCAGCUCGAGCGGGCCCUACGCGGAGAGGACCCGGACUAUGAGGAUGAAUCUCCAAUAAGAGUCUUACAUGACCUCCAUUGUGAAAUCAAGACUCUGAAGGAAGAUGUUAAUGCCAGUCUUGGUAAGAGUUGCUCUGAAAAACAAGCAAUUCAUGAGUUUAUGAAGGCAAGUGAAAUAUUGAUGCAAAGAAAUGCAGCAGAUCUUGGAAAAAUAAAAGAGCUGUUCCAGAAAUACGGCUACAAACCACAUGUCAAAGACUCUACAGAAGAGAAGGAAGAAGAUAAAAGUGAUUCAACAGUGUCUGUCCAGAAUAAAUCUGAUGAAGAAAAAGCAGACGAUGUACCUCAUCUUCCUUCUUGUACCGAGAAGCCGCUGGUGCCCAAAGACCCCCUGCGUAACCCCCAGCUUUCUGAUUUUGGUCUUUCACAAUAUGCUUUCUCCAGGCCUUGGAGUGCAGUAAAAGCACAACAAGCAACAAAUGCCAAUCAAGAAAAUUCAAAGAACAAGACUCCACUAAAAACACAGGCCCCCUGUAUUUUGCCCAAAACACCAAAAUGUAUGCUAAAGAUGGAUGAUUAUGAGUGUGUAACACCAAAACUUGAACACUUUGGCAUUAGUGAACAUACCAUGUGUAUGAAUGAAGAUUAUACAAUGUCACUUAUUCGUAAAACUACUCAGACGAGCAAGAAGUUGGUUAAAAAAGGUGAUCAUGAAGUGAAUGUACCAGAAAUGACAUCCAGGGAAAUCAUGGUUACUCCUGGGCCAAAAUCAAAAGUGACAGCCGAGAAAGCAGCUGACUGGAUGGCUUCUCCUAUGGUACUUGUGUUCUGUACUCCUGAUGUGAAAAUCCCUUCCAGAACAAAGAGUACAGUAUUACCAGGGUCACCAGAGACAAAUGAACUGCCUCUUCCCAGUUAUACAGGAACACCACAGUUUCCAAAUUUUAAAACAAGAUGGCUAGAAACAGAAGCUAAGCAGGUAAAGCAGGGGGGAAAGAUUGAGUCGGUGACAAAGAAUGAUGCAACAGAUAAACAAUACAUAGAAGAUAGCGUUCCUUUUGCUGUGAGCUCUGAUGAGUAUCUUAAACAUUUUGGAGACCCUUCUCCUCCCAAAAUAAAAGACUAUGACCAGUUACUCAAUACUCCUCCACCUCCAGAAAUAACAAGGAUACCAGACGAUGUUCUACAGAUUCUGUCCAAGUAUAAUCAUCAAGUAGACUCUUGUAAAGGCAAGAAAAUGGAGACCAAGGCAGGAGAUACUACAAGAUAUGAAAGUGAUUUCACUGAUUAUUGCAACAAAGAGAACAGGACAGUGAUACAGAGAUUGAGGCGUUCACGAGGAGCGAUGACAACAUCCAGUGGCCGCACCAUGGAAUCACAUGUACGUCAGCCCGCAGGAAUACAGCUUUCUACCAGGAAGACGUCAGUCAAUGCUGGCUAUAUUAUCUGUCAGCUUAAACGUGAAACCUCAUGGGGUUCUUAG